AUGAAAUCUGAAGACAUAAUCCUGAGUAUUUUUUGGUUCUCCCAGACAGGAAUUGGGCUUCUAGGGAAUUCCUUCCUUAUUUGUCGCUUCAUCUUUGUGUUUCUCAGUGGACAUAGGAUGAGACCUGUAGAUGCUAUUAUCGCUCAGCUGGCCUUGGCCAACUGCUUGAUAUUUCUGUCAAAGGGUAUCCCUCAAACAAUGACAGCUUUGGGUCUGAUGAAUUUCCAGGGUGAAAAUAUUUGUGAAAUUAUUUUCUACUUUUACAAAGUAGCUCGGGAUCUUUCCCUCAGCAUGACUUGUCUCCUGAGUGGCUUUCAGGCCAUUACCAUCAGCCCCAGCAACUCCAACUGGUCAGGGCUUAAAUCCAGAGCCCCAAAAUACCUCAUUCCCUCUAGUCUCUUCUGUUGGACUUCUCACCUGAUUUUUUGCAUCUAUAUUCCUUGGGCAAUUGGUCGGCCAAGGCAAAACAGAAACAUUACUGAGAUCCAGCAUUAUGGAUAUUGUUCUAAUGAAAUUCCUUCUGGAUUUCAUGCCUUAUUAAUUGCAAUCUUGCUCUCCUUUCCUGAUGCUAUGUCUUUGGGACUGAUGGUUUCUGCCAGUGGUUGCAUGGUGAUUUUUCUAUGUAGGCAUCACAAGCAAGUCCAGCAAAUUCACAUUACUUGCCUCUCUCCUAGAUCCUGCCCUGAGAUCAGGGCCACCAAAACUAUCCUACUCCUUGUGAGUACCUUUGUUUUCUCUUACUUACUCAACUGCGUCUUGGCAGUGUUUAUGUCACUUAUAAAGUUCCCACUUUGGUUGAUACAUAUCUCUGCUUUUCUGGGUUUAUGUUUCCCAGCUGUUAGCCCCUAUGUACUGAUCAGCAGUGACUCACAAGUUCCCAGGUACUUCUAUGUUCUUUGUGGGAGGAAAACUCCACACUUUCAACCUGAUAACAGAUUUAUAUCCCCUGCUCAGCAUGGCUUUCUGAAAGCUCCUGUUAGAGGAAAGUAA